UUGUUAUUAUGACUGUUGUUGUCAUUGUUAUGUUUUAUUUGUUUAUUUAAAUGUAAAGUCAAAGUGAAGUUCAGGGUUAGAUUGAACUAAGUUAGUGAACUAACUUAGUUCAGGACGCUGACAUUUGUACAUUUGUGUUUCAGUCAGAGAAUGUUGCAUAAAAGUUUUCCACGCUGACGUCUCGGGGAGCCGCGCCCGGAGUUUGAUCUUCCUCUUUACAAUAAAUAAUAGCGUUGUUUUAAAAAAAGAUGCAGGAGGAACCGGUGCAUCUGGUUUUGUUCUCUCAGGCGAUCGGUUUCCUGCAGGUAUUUCUGAGAAGUGACGGCUUCUCAGCGCAGACUUCAACUGUGACAGGACGAAAAAACUCAGAGCUCUCUCAGAACACCAAAGGCUCCAUCAUGUCAUCUAAACUGGUCAUCAGGCAGCCUCAGCCGGUCAUGGAUUCCCGAGAGUCCGAUCAGUGGGGAUCUGGGAUCUGUGACUGCUGUGACAAUGUUCCCGAGUGCUGUUUUGCUUUCUGGUGCUACCCAUGUUUCGCCUGUAAAACCUCCAGAGACUACGGCCAGUGUCUCUGCCUCCCCCUGCUGGACAUCGGCUUCAUCCCACCCAUCACCAUGUCCAUGAGGGUCUCCAUGCGAGAGCGAUACGGCAUCAAAGACACCAUGUGUCGGGACUGUGUCUACGCAACCUUCUGCACGGCCUGCAGCUGGUGUCAGAUGUCCAGAGAGAUGAAGAGAAGAAACAUCCAGAUCGUUCUGGUCAGCGCCAAAAACUCAUGACCAGGGCUGCCAAAUAAACCAAAUGCUGCAUAUUAAUCAUGUUUUACUGCAGUCUGUUGAGACAGAGUAGUGAUGAUAUGGUUUAUCGAGCAUCAUUGACUGAAUAACUGUAGAAUGAUGCUGGAAUGUAGCUUCAUUACAGUUAGCUGGGACGCUAAAUCCAGCAUCACUAAAGCUCUCAGUGCUGGAAAUGGUUGAAAACAGGUUUUUAAAAUCUAUUAUGAGUCUAUUUUUGUUUUCCCCUCUGAGACAAAAAAAACCCCAAUUCUGUCUGUAGCAACUUUUUAAGUGAGCAUUUGUCACCAGUAAAUAUUAUUAUUAUCAUACUGUUAUUAUCUAGGAUUGUGUCUUUUAAAAAGUCUGGAAAUAAAAUAUUUUGUGGCUACUUACAAAAAA